AUGUCGUCAACAGAACCUUCUCAAAAUAAGACAUGGGAGCUGUCACUAUACGAGUUACAUAGAACACCUCAGGAAGUAAUAACAGACGCUACGGAGAUAGCCGUCUCCCCGCGUAGUUUGCACAGUGAACUAAUGUGUCCAAUAUGUUUAGAUAUGCUCAAGAAGACCAUGACAACAAAAGAAUGCCUACAUAGAUUUUGUUCGGAUUGCAUUAUAACUGCAUUACGGUCUGGUAACAAAGAAUGCCCGACCUGUCGAAAGAAGUUGGUUUCAAAGCGGUCCUUGCGACCCGAUCCUAAUUUUGAUCUACUUAUAUCUAAAAUAUAUCCAAGUAGAGAUGAAUAUGAAGCUCAUCAAGAAAGAGUGUUGGCUAAGAUUAAUAUGUCCCAUUCUCAAGCUUCCCUUGUAAACUCUAUCACAGAAGGAAUCAAAUUACAGUCUCAGAAUAGGCCUCAACGAUCCAGGAAAAAUCAAGAAGAAAGCAGCGCUAAUAGCACAUCUACUGUUAAUGGAAAUAAUACUGACCCACCACAAAAUGGAGGUACAACAAGCAUUACAAACAAUAGAGAAGGUUCCUCAUCCACAGGAAAUCCUAUCCCAUCUGGUCAGUCAACAUCAAAUCCUGCAUCUGUAAGAAGUACACCAUCUCCAAGUCCAUCCAAUCUGAGUUCUGUGUCAAAAAAUACUAGUACAACUAAAAGAGCAAAGUCUGUAUUAACUUCAGAGAGAAGUGAAGAAAGUGAAUCUAGUGAUGGCAGAACAGAGGGUGAAAAUUCUAUGGACACAGAGGGUGAGGGGGAGGUGCUGAAUCCAAAUGAGAUUGAGCUGGUUUUUAAACCACAUCCCACUGAAAUGAUGGGCGAUAACCAACUUAUGAGAGCUUUGAGAGAUAGCUCUGUACGAUACCUGAAGACCACAGCUAAUGCUUCUGUUGACCACCUGAGCAAAUACCUUGCAAUGCGGCUUACACUUGACCUCGACACUGAGUUGCCAGAGGCAUAUCGACUGCUCAACUUCUGUAUCUAUGUUGCACCAACACCUGGACAGUUUGUGCCAUUAGUAGGAGCACAGACAUUAAGGCAGAUCAAUGAUAAAUAUUGGAAGGUCAACAAGCCUCUUGAAAUGUAUUAUUCUUGGAAGAAAACCUAG